UCUUUCUUGUUCAGAAGCGAAAGAAAGAAAAGACAUUUAAUCUAAAGUUAUCAAGCAAAGACACAACUGUGUGCUUGAAAGUCAUUCAGGAAUACUCGCUGACAAUAAAAGGAUAAUUGAAUAAUAAGGGUAUAAUAAAUAAGGAGAUAAAAGGGUAUAAUAAAUAAGGAGAUAAAAGGGUAUAAUAAAUAAGGAGAUAAUAAGGGUAUAAUAAAUAAGGAGAGAGCAGUAACGGUCUACUGCAGCAAGGUGGCGCUGUGACUCCACCCUUAGUAACGCGCUUGUCUGUUAAACAAGCAUACAUUAUACAUGGUUUUGUGAUCAUGACUGGUUUUAUGAUUAAAAUAAAAGAUGAAAUGUCAGAUCAGAGCGUGUGCAGUGGGGAGGGGUUAGUGGAGUGCAUGUGGAGGGUGUAGGGUGUGCUGGGAGAGGAAGCAGGCUGCCUCAGAGUCAGAGGCGGGCAGUGUGGCGGGCGGCCUGCGCGCGCGCUGCCUCGUUUAGCGCCUUUCCUGCAGGCUUGGCGCGUGACUUCACCAACGGCUCCGGCUUAUAGCGCGCAAUGUGAGAAGUCUGUAGUAGUGUCGAAAAACAGAGCUUGACGCACACACACACACACACACACACACACACAGGAAGACUUAACCCCAGCAGGUGUAGUACAUGCAAACGUGUAGUGUGACGGGAAUGAACCCAAACAGCUCUGAAUUAACACAACCUGCAGUGUUAACUGUGACAGUGGGUACUGGUCUCCAGCUGGACAUCGCUCUUCAUAUGUCUUGUAGCUCUUAACUCUAUCAGUGUAACUCUGCAGUGAAGUGCAUCAGUGUGCUGCAUCAUGUUAAACCCCAGGAGCUGCUCCUUUCCUUCACGAGCUUAAUUACACCUGUAAUUCUGAAAUGAUUAAACCUAUUGAUUGUCCAGCUAAUGUAUUCUUACCCAAGUAUCCCGGGCUCUUUUGUGUUUUUGUGCUUGUAUUCUGGUAAAGACACUCCCCUCGGUGUAUUUUCUCCACACUGCGAUACGCGACACUCGCGGCGCAGUGAGCCAAUCAGAGCGCGAGCGCUUUUAAAGGGCCGUGAAGAGCGCACGCGACCGUUUUAAAGUCUGACUCAGUUUCCUGCAUUGUGGACCAUGACACUUUGGACGUGCUAGUCUUGAGGUGGAUCUAAUUUCUUUCGUAGAAGAAUGGAGUGACUGAAUUUCAAGCAUCACGACUCCGGCUUUGCUGCUCGUCUCCUUCAGAGUGCAUGCACUUGUUGCGCUUCCUCCGCCUCCAUCUAACGGACUGGCACUCAUCCAUCCAGGGAAGGAGCUUCGCAACAGGUUCACAUUUUCCCCAUCACCGAGGUAGGGUCCGAAAUCCGAGACGUGUUUAAAGAAAAGGCGAUCGUGUCCCGAUCACGAUGCCCGUGUUGACGAGUCCAGAGAUCGCCAAGAAGUUCAAGGAGAAAUGGAUGCUGCUGCAUCCGGAGGAUCAGGAGGACGCGGGCGGCGCUGUGAGCUUUGAUGACAGUCUGACGAGCCUGCACUGGCUGCAGAACUUCUCCAUCGUGAGCGCGGCUCCGGACAGAGCGCCCGGGUUCGGCUGGCGACCGCAGCAGCUCGUGCACGCGCCGGGUGGCACAGAGUCUCCCUCCAGCCCUCCCGCCGGUGACACGGCCGCCUCGGGCACUGCACACACACCCGGAAAUCCCGCCGCCUCCUGCAGCAAGCUGGCCGGAGCGAGCGCCUACACGCCGAUGUACGGCCACAGCGGAGCUCAGCCGCAUGAGGAGGUCGAUUAUAAAACCAACCCGCAUGUGAAACCGCCAUACUCAUACGCCACGCUCAUCUGCAUGGCCAUGCAAGCCAGCAAGAAGACCAAAAUCACCCUGUCCGCCAUCUACAGCUGGAUCACCGAGAACUUCUGCUACUACAGACAUGCCGAGCCCAGCUGGCAGAAUUCAAUUCGCCACAACCUGUCUCUGAACAAGUGCUUUAUGAAGGUCCCCAGGCAGAAAGAUGAGCCGGGAAAGGGAGGCUUCUGGCAAAUCGAUCCCCAGUAUGCAGACAUGUUUGUGAAUGGCGUCUUCAAACGAAGGCGAAUGCCUGCCACAAAUUUCAGCACCCAGAGACAAAACAGAAUUCUGUCGUCUUGCUCCUCUUACAGCCCUCAGCGCAACCCCCAAACAGGCAUGGAUCACUACCAAGAACCUGUAGCAGGAAGCAAGCGCAAGCAGGCCUGUCCCAAACGAGGGGGCAAGCUGGGGAGAAUGUCCCAGUCUCCUCUGUUAGCGAGCGAGAUCAAAACAUCAGAUGUGCUCCGGGGAGAUUUCGACCUGGCCUCAGUGUUUGAUGAUGUCCUCAGUGGAAAUGGCAGCACGUUUGAGGACCUGGACAUCAACACUGCUUUGAGUUCCCUUGGCUGUGAGAUGGAGGUGUCCUCUCAGAACCAGCACGUGUCCACUGUGUCCAAAUGGUACAGCAACGAGGACGAGCAGGCUUGUGCAUACUUGGAAAUGAGCAGCAUGAUGGGAUGUAACAUGGAAGACUUUCAGCGCCAGCAGCAGCAGCAGCAGCAACAGCAGAUACAGACCCAUCAGCAAUAUUACGAGGGACUGGCACUGUUUUCAGACCUGCCUCAGCAGCAGCAACCCUGGGAGAUUAAAGAGGAGGCACAGGCCAUUCCUCUGUCUCUGGAUCAGGGCUACGGUCUGUGUGAAGGAUUUUUCUCUGAGAUGCCUAUGUGGGAGAGGGGAGAGGUGUUUCUCUGAACACAUGCACUGUCACUGCUGGUCUGCUGGCCUGCUGACUUUUGUUUUGCUACAUUAGCAUAAGGAAUGGUUCAAGAAAUACUGUGUAAUUAUUCUUUUUACUUGCUUUGGAUUUUUCCCUGAGAAUCUAUGCUAAAACGUUGAUAAUUAUCCUUAUUCUUUUUUUGAAGGCUUUUAAAUCAUGGUUGGAUUCAGUAACAUGCUAAUGACUACUGUGGAACAUAUCAAAGUAGUGGAAAAUUUUAUGUAGAUGAAUCAAGUUAAAUCUAUAUUAAUUUUAGUUCACUUGAUAUUUUAGAUAUGGUCAUAAUAUGAAUAUGUGAUAUUUUUACAUCUUCAAAAAAAAAAAAAAAAAAAAAAUCAGAUAAUGGAUGAGAAGGGGAUGCAACAAGCCAAAGUGCUUUGCAGAAAUAUUUUCAGAGAUUUUCAGAAAUCCAGCACAAGCACUUUGAGGCAGUGUUUAAGUUUCAUUCCUAUAUAUCAACCUUGUAAUUUAUUUGAUAAAAUGUGAGAAAAUGCAGUUACUUUCUUUUUCUUUCAUUUUUUUUACAACUCCUUUCUUUUUUUUUUUUACAUAAGCUGUUUUAAAUGCCAUUGUUCUGAUUUUUUAUUAAUUGUUAGGAGCAAUAUCAUGUUAAGGCAAGGACUGUUUUAGAUUUGUAUUUGUAUCGAGUUACCUAACAUGCAACUUGAAUCUAAUUAUAUCCUGUACUUGAAUAAAAGGAUCAACCAUCUCUACAA